CUCCAGCACUGCGAGCGUUUGCACAGACAAGAUGGCGGCGGCGGAGGAGGAGGCCGUGCAGAGCGCGGGGAUUCUGCAGGAGAUCUACACGUCUCCCCUGAACCUGAGCUUGUUGUGUCUCUGCCUCUUCCUGCUCUACAAGAUCGUGCGCGGGGACCGGCCGGCCGAGGGCGCCGAGGUCGAGAAGCCCCUUCCGCGCAUGAAGAAGAGGGAUUUCACUCUGACCGAGCUGCGCGAGUUCGACGGGCUCAGCAACCCCAGGAUCCUCAUGGCCGUCAACGGCAAGGUGUUCGACGUCACCAGGGGCAAGAAGUUCUACGGCCCAGAGGGUCCGUACGGCGUGUUUGCCGGACGAGAUGCUUCCAGAGGGUUGGCCACCUUCUGCCUAGACAAAGAGGCGCUGAAGGACACUCACGAUGACCUGUCUGACCUCAACGCCAUGCAGCAGGAGAGCCUGAGCGAGUGGGAGACCCAGUUCACCCAGAAAUACGACUACGUGGGUAAGCUGUUGAAGCCGGGCGAGGAGCCAACGGAGUACACGGAUGACGAGGACGUCAAGGACAAGAAGGACUGAGGGGACCCGGAACACAAGCCCAGUCUCUGUGCCUUAAUUAAUUGCCGAUAGAUAAAAUCGCACCGAUGAGUUUUAUUGCCUUUGCACGACAUGCUCAGUCUCCCUGUUUUGUGUCUUUCUCUCUUCCAGUUGUUCUGAUUUGCCUUGGAUUUCCGGAAAUACGUCCAUACCUAGACAGCAUUAAUGGUAGUCAUUAUUUGACUGUACCACAGUAUCCUGGCUCACUCAUUACUGAUGUGAUGGUAGUCUUAGCUUUACGUGGCAACACUAUUGCAUUUAUGGGUUUUUUUUGUCCUUUUUCCAGGUAAAUGCCUUUGUAUUAAAAAAUGCCAACCUCUCGAUGGCGUAAAAUGUUUGGUUAAUGUACCAUUAAAAGGACUGCAAAAGGGCAUGAUCAUGCGGGAUUAAUAAAUCAGUGUAAAUCACUGUUCAGUGUCUGCGAACAAAAUGGGAAAGAAGCUUUUACUGUCUUUUUGCUCUUGUAAGUAAACAGCUUCUCCUUAGUUUUCUAACUGUGUUUGUAUGAAAAUGAUUCCAUUUAAAAAGAAAAAUACCUCAAUCACAUCUUACGUUGUUUUAUGUCCUAGCGGACUGAGAGAAAACAUACUGUACAAUUUUAUAAAGAACACAUGUCCCUUUGUUUUGGACCGUGUUUCCCGUGACUGCUUCUAAACCAAGUGUUUAAGGGCUGCCAUUUAUUGGAUUCUACAAUCUCGAUAGCGAGCGAAAGAAAAGCUUUAGUUUGGUUUUGUAAUUCAGUUUUGUUCUCAUGGAGGGAUCCCUGCAAUUCUGUAAA